AGUAAUAAAACUAUUCGAUACGUUUUAUUUACAAAGCUGGAUAUAAACAUUUUCAUACUGAUGAGUGAAUAAGGCUGCUUUUUACUCCUUCAUAGCGGAAUGUUUAACGUGAAAUUCCGUUAAAUAUAAACGUGGUUUGAAGUGUUUAAAGUACUAACGUUUAGUGCACCUAAUUAAAUUUACAAAGUGCGUUAUCUGAUAAGAUUGCUUUUAUUACUUGAUUGCAAGCUUGAGAUGAAAAACGACUUUUUUGGCUUCUGUAUUCCUUUGGCGAGAUUCAUAUACAUAAUGCCCGAUAAAACUUCCCAAAACGUGUAUGGAUGGCGCAAUAAAUUAUGGGCCGUGUUCAUGUACGGAUUGGCAGUAUUUUGCCAUUUGACGGAAAUAAUUAAACUUUUCCAAAUUGUAACUGCCAAGUAUUUUUUACUUGGGGAAUUCAUACGAAACUUCGUUAUCACUUCUUUGCACUUUACUUCACUUGGUAAAGCUAUGUUUAUUGGCGGCAAAACUGGCAAAAAGGCAUUUGAAAAAAUCCUGGAUUUUGAAAAACAUGUCUAUAAGAAUCUCGGCGAUGACAUUCGUCUAAUUUAUAAAAACAAAGUCACUUCAAUUCAGAAGGUGAAAAAGUACUACUUGAUUGGGAUCAUACUGGUAGUGAUUUUUUAUGUUGCAGCUCCCAUAUUUAGAGAACCAAUUCAUAUUCAAGAUGGAAACCAAACAAUUCGAUUUCGGCAAGUUCCUUUAUCUUCUUGGUCUCCUUUUGAGCAAUACUAUUGGUUAACUUUCAUAUGGACAGGACUAACUGGUAUUUAUUUGAGUAUCUUUUUUGUUACCACCGAUUUGAUUUGCUACAGUUUCAUUGAUUUUGGGGUAUGUCAACUGGAAAUUCUUCAGUACAAUAUUCGCAAUUUUAACAGAGAUUGUGAAGAAAUUACGCGGGUUGAAAAAUGCUGCAAAAUCAAAUCUGCUAGAGUUUUGCAAAAAAAAUUGAUCAGAAUGCAUCAAGAUGUUAUUAGUUAUGUACAAAUGAUUAACGAGGGCAUGAAGAACCUGAUGGUUUUGGAUUUUUUGCCCGGUUCAGUACAGCUGGCUGGCAUGAUUUAUCAGAUGAUGACCAACUUAAGCGUAAUCCAAUGCAUCCUCCUCGGUCAAUUUAUCUGCAGCUUGAUAGCCAGAGUUUUCAUCUACUCCAACAGCGCCAACAACUUAAGCCAGCUCAGUAAGCAACUAGCAGUUGAUUGGUUUGAAAUCGAUUGGACCGAGCUGCCCAAAGACGUGACCAACAACUUAAAUUUUUGCAUUAUGCGCUCACAGAAGAAUCUUCAAAUUACUGUUGGAGAUCUCAGCGUCAUUACUAUGGAAAGCUUCCUAACAAUAUUGAAAGGGACUUAUUCCUAUCUGAUGCUGUUAAUGACGAUCUGAGGCAUGUUUAAACCUUCUGUUUUCUUAGUAAGUAUCUUGCCUGCGUAUUGCAAGAUACUAGAUUAAACAUAUAUGAGACGCUAGCAUUGGAAAAUUGUUUUGCUAUUUUAAAAUAAAUCAACUUGCAAUGAA